UGAAAAUGUGAGGAAGAAGAAGUAGCAGAGGAUGAUGAUGCGAUUGGGGUGUGGGCAACAGCGUCAUGGUGAAGAGCUCUCAUGGAAAUGGAAGCAAGCACAAACCAACGCGCGCGUGGUUCGAAUGGAGAGCUGCACACUAACGAAACAAGGGCAAAGGUUUCUGACAAAACUAACAACCUCUUCCGCCACCAACGACAACUUGAUUCGAAGAUUCGUACUAGGUUCUCCCAAAUCUGUUGUUCUCACCACUCUCUCACACCUUCUCUCUCCUUCCACCUCUUACCCACACCUCUCUUCCAUUGCACUUCCCCUUUAUGCGAGAAUCACCGAAUCACCUUGGUUCUCUUGGAACCCCGCUACUGUAGCAGACUUGGCAGCGCUUCUUCACAAACUGGGACACCACCAACAAUCACAAAUUCUCAUUUCUGAAGCCACUUCAAAGUUAGAAUCUCGCACGCGUGACCUCGUUCUUUUCUAUGGUAAACUCUUGGAGUCACACUCCAAGCGAGGUUCACAAACGGGGUUUGAUGAUGCUUAUUGUUACCUUAACGGGCUUCUUUGUACUUCUUCUUCUGUUUAUGUUAAGCGCAGGGCUUAUGAGUAUAUGGUGAGUGGCUUGUGUACAAUGGAUAGGCCUCGUGAGGCUGAGGAUUUGGUUCAGGAUUUGAGGGACAGUGGAGGGCUUCAACCUUCGGGUUUUGAGUUCAAGUCCAUUGUGUAUGGAUAUGGAAGGUUGGGUUUGUUUCAGGAUUUGCUGAGAGUGGUGGAUCAGAUGCAGAAAAGUGGGCUUGUUGUUGAUACUGUUGUUUAUAACAUGGUUCUUUCAACUUAUGGUAUUCAUGGGGAGCACUUGAAAAUGGUAUAUUGGCUUCAGAGGAUGAGAAGUUCUGGCGUGCCCUUCUCUGUGAGGACCUUCAAUUCUGUGUCAAAUUGUUGCCCAACAAUCAUGAGAAUUGUGGGGGAGUUGAAUGAGCUACCGUUGUCUAUUGGAGAGUUGAGUGCUAGGUUAGAAGGAGGGGAGGGUAUGGUGAUUAGGGAGUUAUUGGAGUGUGCUUUGAUUUUGGAGGAGGUAAUGGUGUGGGAUUCUUUGGAGGCAAAAUUGGAUUUGCAUGGAUUCCACUUGGGUUCAUCCUAUUUGAUUGUGUUGCUAUGGUUGGAGGAGAUGCAACGAAGGUUGAACCACUCAAAUUGUGGAGUUCCUGCUCAAAUUACUGUGGUUUGUGGGUCAGGAAAGCAUAGCAGUGUUAGAGGAGAGUCCCCGGUGAGAGUAUUGGUUCAAAAGAUGAUGGUCAAUAUGGGAGGUCCUCUGAAGGUUGAUAGGAAGAACAAUGGCUGCUUUAUUGCCAAAGGUAAAGCUGUGAAAAACUGGCUGUGUGAAUUGAGGAAGCCAGGCAUGAAUGAUUGAACACCAAUAGAAUAUGUCUCUGAGGGAUUGAUUGUCUAAGGCAGCAUAUAGACCCAAAUUUUGCUGCAUAAACUAAACUUAUUUGUAUGGGUUUUCUUUUCUAUAACUUGUAUUAGCAGAAAUUUCUCAACCAAAGGAAUGUUUUGUUAUAAUAAAUGCAAGUGUUCAUCGU